UGUAAUUAUGUAGGCGCUUCACUCUUGGUCGUAAGACAAAAUGAUCUAUUGCGGCAGUGAACAAGCUGUGCUGACUCUUGUUUCCCAACGUUUUUGCACCAUGAGGCUCCAUUCUAAUUAUUCCCGUUGAUCGGAGAGGAGAGACAUGUGUAGCAAUACUAAUGACAUAUUAAAAUUUAACGCCAGAACAAGUGGCACAGAUUAUAUUAUUAUGUGUUCUUCUCUUUCUGACUUCUGACUUCUGAGGACAGAGUAGCAGCCUGCAAGUCUCAGGGAAGUAGAGAUCACAAUGGCAUCUGGAGAGCAGAUCACGUUGGAUUUCACUAAGCUGGAUGCACCGCCUGCGUUGAAUAAUGAAGCAGAAAAUUCUCUUUCAGCUGUAUCGAAGACAGUAAAAGUUCCCGUUUCAGGAAAGGAACUUGAAAUCUAUGUGGAAGAGACAGUGAAGAAAGACAUUGCACCCAGAUUUGGAAUUCUUUUCUUGCAUGGCUUGAAGUAUUCGUCCAAGAACUGGCUGGAUAUCAAGUCUAUGUCUAAUGUGGCUAAUUGGGGGUACCGAGCUGUUGCUGUUGACCUUCCAGGUUACGGCAAAAGUGUCAAUACUGUUGCACCAGAAGAGAACUCCGAAUUCUUACAUAGUUUGACGAGAGUGCUAGACCUGCAGCGCCCAGUGAUUGUAUCACCUUCAAUGAGUGGAACUUUCUCCUUGCCUUAUCUGUUUGAAGAGCCCGAGUCUUGCCAAGACAGAAGUAGAGGCUAUGUACCUGUGGCUCCAAUCGAAACCAGCAAACUUGUGGCCAACUAUAAACAGGCUGAGCUUCCCACGUUGGUCAUUGUUGGAACAAAUGACGAGGUACCAGGACUAAGAGAAGAAAGUACCACAAACCUGAUGCAGCUGCCUCGUGCUCAGUACGCGCCCAUAGAAGGUGCUGGACAUGCCUGCUAUCUGGACAACCAGGACGCAUUUCACAGACUGCUUUUCUUUUUCUUGCAGCAGUUGAGCGACUGAUUUUAAGUGGCGUCGGUGGCCUAGUGGUUAGUCUCUCGGACUCGCA